AGUGGUGAAAUCAUGCAAAGCGAAGAUGAUGAAUGGGAAACUGUGACUUCUUCGAAGGAUGUUAGUGCACUUGGAGUUCCCGAAGAAAAGCAAAUAUCAGUUAGGCGCAAAUGCUCAAUUAUUUGUCCAAUUUAUAAUGAUCCAGCAAUCACUUAUGGAACAAUUCACAGAAAAACACCUCCAUCGUGCAGGCAUAAAAGAAGUUGCAGUCCUCUCUCGAUAAGUGCUACAAGUACACAAAUUACAGUAGAGCGAACGACUCAAACUGAGAAAGCAAUUCCUCGCUGGAAACAAUUAAUAUAUUGCCUUCUUGGAAAUGAUGAGUUCAGGCGACAGAGACAGAGGGAGGCUUCGAGUUGCAAGAAGGAAAGAGGAGCUAACGGAACCAUUCGCCAAGUAAAUAGUGUGUCCAUGAUAGAUCGGAUGGCAAGAGUUUUAUUUCCUGCUAGUUUUGGAUUAUUGAAUCUAUUAUAUUGGAUUAUAUACGUUACUUAUCAAGAAGAAUUCACAUGGACAAGGAUGGAUUCUUUGAAUUGAAAAACAUAAUUUUCUAGCAUAAUUGAGAAGUAUGAACAGAAUUCCCGGAGUACUGUACCGGCAAAAUGACCAAAUGACUGGACUAUCAUGGGAGUAAUG